GUCUGGUCCCUCUCUUCGUCUCUAGCAUAAGAUAUAUCAAAUACGUUUUCGUUCAUUUUUUCGGCUACUCUGUAUAUUCGCGGUGGUGUGAAAAUAUGCGUGGAUUGCGAAAAUCGAAGAGAGUUUCAUGGCCUUCCGAAUUAGAUCUUUGUCAGGUUAGGUUAUUCUUAUCUGAGGAAUCUCCUUCACAAGUUGGGUUGAAUUCUCAAGAUCACCUCCAAGAAAAGAUAUCAUCCUUGUUGCCUCAAGGAGAAGCUGGUUCUGAUGAUAUUUUACCUCCUGGAUUUGAGGGAACUCAUACUUCAAGUCAGUUUGACAUUAAGCUGUCCGACAUACCAGUUAUUAGCUGGAUUAAACCACCUAAGAUCGUGCUAGAUCUCACAUGGCAAGUGGUGGCUGGAGAAGAAAGCAAAGAGAUAUUUGAUCAACAUCAGAGGGAGAUGAGAGUCCUUGAAGCUAUUUAUCCACGAAUAUCUUCCAUUCCUCCAAAUCCUAUUUCAGUGGAUGUUGACGAUUCCCAUUACAUUGAUGGUCAUAUUGUCGUGAUCCCAAUUACGCCUGUUGAAGACGGGGAUGUUGGAGCGGAUACAUUAUCUCCUGGUAUAUUGGAUGGUUCAAACACUGUUACGACUAUGUCGAUGGUGUCUGAUGUAGCUGCUGCAUCUGUUGCUUUAACUAGCUUAGUGAAGAGCAGUGAACAUGGUAAUUUGAUUGAUCCUGAAUUACUCAAUAAUAUUCUCAACAAUCCGGAAGUGAUCGAGAAGUUGGUUAGAAAUUAUAAUGUUCAAAAUGCACAGUAUGCACAAAACACCGGAUCAUCAUCAAAUGUUUUUUCACAUCCUCCUAAUCCCUUUAAUCAAGUUGAGACCACUACAUCCUCAUCAAAUGCCUUUUCAUCCACUUCUUCCUAUACCCACACAACCGGAGGUCAGAUGGCGCCAACUAUGUCUACUCAAUGGCAUCGUAGGCCUGAAAUCAGUUCAGCUAUUGCUGCUACUCCUGUUGAGGUCCCUUCAACAAAAGAUGUAAACUACUAUAAGAGCUUGAUUCAGCAACAUGGAGGAGAUAAACAAGAAGCACUUCCAUACUCCUCCAGUAAUCGCCAGAACCAGCAACCAUUAUCAAACUAUGAUACAGUACACAAUUUUAGAGCAAAAGGAUCAAAACCAAAAAUAUCGAAGCCUUGUAUCUUUUUUAAUAGUUCCAGAGGAUGUCGGAAUGGAGCUAACUGUACCUUUCAGCAUGAUGCAUCAUUUCAGCCCCAACAAGGUAAUCCCUCGUCAGGGAUGCAUAGUUCAAAGAGAAUGAAAAUGGAUAAUGAGAUCAGCAGUUAACUGAAGCCUUACAUGGCUGGUGAUGUUGGUUGCCAUUUAUUUUGAUGGGAAGGCCUGGAUGCAUGCAAGGUCUAUAAUACACAUGAUAUGGUCAAGUUAGCGUUUUAUAUGAUAAUUGGUUUUGACCCUAAUUUGCUGCCAGUUUCUGAUCAUACAUUUAUCAUUUUUGAAUGGGUGUCUCCUCAUGACCGAAAAUCUGCAGAAAUUGCUGCCUCUCUUUCUUGGUCAUUCUUUAUGAUUGUAACUAAGGAUGAGGUUCUGCUGUUGUAACUGAUUGGAGAUACCACCAGCUGGAUGAUGUAUUUAUACAUUUUUUUCUUCUCUUUUUUUACAUUCUGACGGUAUAAAUUGAUUUGCGUUUCCGUCCAUUUUAAUUUGCUUUCAUGUUAAAAUUGACAUAAAUGGAAAGGAAACAAUAAAGUUGCUCAUUGUGGGUGAUGAAUUUGUUGGAUUGAAUCCUUGAUAUGAAAUUUUCAUUUUGAGACCAAAA